GAAGAAAAAAAUUGUAGAUGGCAGUACGGUCAAAAGAUAAAAAUUGUAAUGAAUAGGCGGUAUAUUCUAAAAACAAAGGUUUUCUUCAAACUUUGUGUAUUCUUAUGAGUACAUUAGGACAAGUUCUAUUUACUAUUGAAAGAACGAUUCAUCUAAUCGUAAACUUCUUAAUACGAGAUAAUCGCAAGUAAUAAAACAAUGGCUGAAGAAAAUAAUAAUGAUCGAAUGAAAUAUGGUAUAGGCAGAAGUUCAACGCUUCUGCAAAAGAUAAAACAAAUGGCAAAAAAUGAGCCUAAAGUCUCUAAUUUAUUCGGUGUAUCUAGUUCUACAUACCAUCAAGAGCCGGUUUCAUUGUCGCAGUCGCAAGCAUCGAGCACUGUUUUGCCUAUUAUAAGAGGUGGAAAAUCUUUUCCGUCGACUUUAACACAAAUUGAAAGCAACGUAGAGGAAACCUCAACUACUUUGACUGUGGGUAAAGGAAGAGCAACUUUUAGUUGUCUUAGAAAAAUAGCACCAAUUGGACAGCCCCUUUUGCCGGAACAACAGACCAGAGUACCUUCGAAUAAAACACAGCAAAAUGUUAUAAGACAACCUGCGAUAAUAUAUGAACAAUUAUCUGCUUCUAAUGAUGACACCGGAGUAUUAGGGAAACUGUCACAACUUUCUGUCUAUGAAGCUCCUUCUUCUUCUUCUUCUUCUACAUUAACUACUGAUGUAAACCAAAAAUUACAAGUAAUCAACCGUCAAGGUACAAGCGGAACUACGGUAAAUAUAUAUAGUAAUUACAUCGAUUUAAAACUAGAACCAGGUAGAGGAAUAUAUCAAUAUGAAGUUAAAUUCAAUCCUGAUAUUGAUUCAAUAGCUCUGAGAAGAAAACUUGUAAAUCAGCAUGCAAGGAAACUUGGGAAAGCUUUGAAUUUUGAUGGUUCUCUUUUAUAUUUACCUCAGAAAUUAUCAGAAGAGAAAAUAGUUUAUAAUUCGGAACAUCCACGGGAUGGAUCUUUAGUGACUCUUACAUUUAUUUUUAAAAAGAAAGAAAGCAUAAAUAAAAAUAUCCAAUUUUUAAAUAUUCUUUUUGGACGCAUUUUGAGAGCUCUUAAUUUAGUUCGUAUCGGUAGACAACACUUUAAUCCUUCAAACGCUCAUACUGUACCGCAACAUAAAUUAGAAAUAUGGCCUGGCUAUAUUACAGCUAUUAAUGAACACGAAGGAGGCAUCAAACUUUGCGUCGAUAUAAAACAUCGAGUUUUGCGUACGGAAACAGUUUAUGAUAUUAUGAAGACAAUUUAUAAUAGAAAUCCUACUCGUUACAAAGAUGAAACAACAUGUGAAAUUAUUGGUACUAAUGUUUUAACUCGAUAUAACAAUAAAUCUUAUCGUAUUGAUGACAUAGCAUGGGACAAAAAUCCAACGUAUAAAUUUGAAAGAAAAGGUAAGAUGACGACUAUAAUGGAUUAUUAUAAAAAUCAUUGGAAUAUAGAAAUUAAAGACAAAGAACAACCACUCUUAAUAAAUCAUUCUACAGAAAUGGCACCAUCUGGAGAGUCAUUAGAAAAAUUGACACUUUUAGUACCAGAAUUAUGUUACAUAAGUGGAUUAACAGACAGUAUUAGAUCAGAUUAUAGAAUCAUGAAAGAUCUUCAUCAAAUUACGAAUAUUAAUCCUAACUAUCGCAAUGAUAUAAUAAAAAAGUUUAUACAACAAAUUAAAACAAAUGAUGUAGCACGUGAAAUACUAUCUCCAUGGGGCUUAGAAUUUGAUGACAAUUUAACUAAAUUUAAUGGACGUAUUCUAAUGCCUGAACCUAUAUAUUUUGGUAAUAAUAAAAUAAUUCAAGGAAAACCAAAUGCCGAUUGGAAUAAUGAAUCUACGAAAAAUCCUGUUUUACGUGCUCCCAGUUUGACGAACUGGACAAUAUUUUAUUAUCAAAAAGAUACACCAAAUGUUACGGCAUUCAUAAAAACGGUAAUUAAUAUUUCAUCGCAAUUGGGAUUAAAAAUAAAUAAACCACGUGAAGUUCCUUUACCAAAUGACAGAACUGAAACGUACUGUCGUGAACUUCAUAAACACAUUAAUAAUGAUUUGGAAAUGGUAGUUGUUGUUUUUCCUACCAAUCGUACCGAUCGAUAUUCUGCAAUUAAAAAGUUGUGUUGUGUAGAAAAACCCAUUCCAUCGCAAGUUAUAAUGUCAAGGACCAUUUCUCGUCCCGAUAAAUUAAGAACUAUAACACAAAAAAUAAUGUUACAAAUAAAUUGUAAACUAGGCGGUGCUCUUUGGGCAGUUGAUAUUCCAUUUGAUAAAUGUAUGGUAUGUGGAAUAGAUGUAUUUCAUCCCGAUCAAGGAAGUAGAAAUCGACUAAGUGUAGCUGGAUUUGUAGCUAGUAUGGAUAAAUUAUUAACAUCCUGGCUCAGUAAAAUUUGUCUACACAGAUCUAAUCAAGAAAUAGUAGAUAUGUUACAGAUCUGUUUUAUUUCAGCUAUCGAUGAAUAUAAAAGACGUAACGGAAAUUAUCCAAAUCGUAUUAUUGUUUAUCGUGAUGGUGUUGGUGAUGGACAAAUUCAGGUAAUUACUAAUUAUGAAGUUAAACAAUUAUUGGAAACAUUCACGCGAAUAGAUCCUAAUUACAAACCGCAACUCAGUGUAAUUGUUGUACAAAAGCGAAUUAAUACUCGUUUGUUUUAUGAAGAAAAAGGGAAUUUAAUUAAUCCUGGUAGUGGAACAAUCAUCGAUUCUUUUAUAACAAGAGCAAAUUUUUAUGAUUUUUUCCUUGUACCUCAAAGCAAAAAUUUUGGUACAGUUACACCAACGCAUUAUAUUGUUGCUUACGACGGAUCAAAUAUGAAACCUGAUCACAUGCAACGUUUUACUUAUAAACUUUGUCAUUUAUAUUACAAUUGGGCUGGCACCAUAAAAGUUCCUGCUCCGUGUCAAUAUGCUCAUAAACUUGCAUUCCUUGUUGGACAAAAUAUCCAAAUGGAACCGGAUGAGAAAUUGUGCAAUAAACUCUUUUAUUUGUAAUUCAUGGAUAAUCAAUUAAUGUAUUUACUUUUUCAAUAGACACAAACAGUAUUACAAAUGAUAUAGAAAUAAUACAAAUCAAUAAUGAUUUUAUAUAUAUUUUAUGUUAAAUCGUAGAACAUAUUUUUCGUACAAUUUACAAGACUAGUAGACUAAA